AUGGAGGAAGGUUGCAGCACGCUGGUCCGAAGUUUGGAGCAAAAAUAUCUUGAUGAUGAUGAUGACGUGGUACAAGAUCUUCUUUUCACCGGAUUUACUGGUUGUUCACCAUGCAAAAUGGCUAGUCAGCGAGCUCUGGAACUAUUAGUUCUUAACAAUAUGAACAUUGGUACCAUUGGAGAUUCCGAAAAAUUGGCCACAUUGGCAUCCCAUGUUUCCGAGGCGGAUCUCGGUUGGAACCAAAUUUCCCAGUGGUCCGAUGUGGCUUGUAUCUUGAAAAACUUGCCGCAUCUUCGCGUCUUGAACAUCGGUCAUAACCCGUUAAAUCCCGUGAUCAAUCAUGAAUUGCCGGUCUCUACCCUCCAUACCAUUAUCCUUAACGGCACCCAUCUUCCAUUCAAAACCCUGCAAUCUUUCCUCUCGAUUCUUCCAAAAGUCACCGAACUUCACAUGUCGGACAACCAAUUCAACGAUGACGAUGACUGCGACGAACCCAUCAGCACCACAGUUAAAACGAUUCACUUGAACAGAUGCGGCUUCCAGCGAUGGUCGUCAGUUAUGAAUGUUGUCAAGCGAUUUCCAAAUGUGUGCUCAGUUUUUGUUUGCGAAAAUCCUUUAAAAGAUGUCACUCAUUGCAAACAAUUCGACCAACUCCCAUUUUGGAAUUUUCUCAACCUGGCAAAGACAUCCAUCGACUCUUGGACCAGUCUUGACCAUCUGAGCAAAAUGACCUCUAUCACUGAUCUCCGUAUUCCGAACAUUCCGUUGUUGGACUCACUAACCAACGAAGAACGAUUACACCUUAUCAUUGGACGUAUUCAUCAAUUGCGCGUGCUCAAUGGCUCAAAAAUCACCGGCGAACAGCGCGAACAAUCAGAACGAUUCUUUAUUCGGUACUAUCAGGAGCAAAAGGAGAAACCCGCACAAUACAAGACGUUGAUUGAUAAGCACGGAAAUCUGGAGAAACUGGUGAGCAUUGAUUUGACUCCGAAGAAGGACGCAAUCGUGAAACUUGUAUGCGAGGAGAAGGACGUCAACAAGGAGAUCACAAUCUCGCUGGAACCAACGAUACUCGAAUUUAUGAAAUUCCUGGAGCCAAAAGUUUGCGUGAAGUACACUCGGAUGAAAUUGUUCCUGUUCCGUACGGAUGGAAGAAGCGAAGAUUUUACAUCAAGUACCUACAAUAUGCCAUUACAUUAUUUCAAAAUUGAAGAUAAUGAUACUUUUAUGGUUCAGGAGAAAAUAGUGGUGACCAAGCGAAGAAGACCACCAAGCUCCACUUCAAGUUCGUCGUAA